AUGAAAGGUCACGAUUGGAUCAACACGUGUCUCCCCGAUGAGCUAAUCGUCGAGAUCUUCCGCCGCCUCGACUCCAAACCAAGCCGCGACUCCUGCUCUCUCGUCUGCUACCGCUGGCUCCGUCUCGAGCGGUUCUCACGCUCUUCCAUCCGCAUCGGCGCAACCGGCUCACCUGACCUUUUCGUUCAGCUUCUCGCUUCCCGGUUCUCCAACGUCACCGCCGUUCACAUCGACGAACGGCUUUCUGUUUCACUUCCCGUUCAGUUGGGGAGAAGACGUGUCACCAGUGAGAAUUCUGGGGCGGCUUCGUCGUUGAAGCUUCGUUAUGUUAACCAUAAGAAUGGAUCUUCCUCUGAGGAUAGUGAAUUUGAUUCGUUGUGUUUGUCUGAUACUGGAUUGGCUGCUCUUGCUGAUGGGUUUCCCAAGCUUGAGAAGUUGAGGUUAAUUUGGUGUUCUAAUGUUACCAGUGAUGGGUUAUCAUCACUAGCUUGGAAAUGUGUUUAUUUGAAAGCCUUGGACUUGCAGGGUUGUUAUGUUGGAGAUCAAGGCUUGGCUGCUGUUGGACAGUGUUGCAAGCAACUUGAAGAUUUGAAUCUGCGUUUCUGUGAAGGCUUGACUGAUAAGGGUUUGGUUGAUUUAGCUCUAGGUGUGGGGAAAUCGUUAAAAUCUCUCGGUGUAGCCGCUUGUGCCAAAAUAACUGAUAUCUCAAUGGAAGCUGUAGCAUCGCACUGUGGAUCCCUUGAGACUUUGUCUUUGGAUUCAGAGUUCAUCCACAAUCAAGGGGUGCUUGCGGUGGCUAAAGGAUGUCCAUAUUUGAAAUCUCUAAAGCUGCAGUGUAUUAAUCUUACAGAUGAUGCUUUGAAAGCUGUAGGCGUUAGUUGUUUGUCUCUGGAGUUAUUGGCUCUGUAUAGUUUUCAGCGAUUUACUGAUAAGGGUUUGUGUGCUAUUGGGGAAGGAUGCAAGAAGUUAAAGAAUUUGACUUUGAGUGAUUGCUAUUUCCUAAGUGACAAGGGCCUGGAAGCAAUUGCUAUUGGGUGCAAGGAACUCACCCAUCUCGAAGUCAAUGGAUGUCACAACAUUGGAACUUUGGGACUUGAAUCUGUUGGGAAAUCAUGCCAACAUCUCUCAGAGUUAGCAUUGCUCUACUGCCAAAGAAUUGGUGAUCUUGGGCUUCUUCAGGUUGGAAAGGGAUGUCAAUUCUUGCAAGCACUUCACUUGGUGGAUUGCUCAAGCAUUGGAGAUGAAGCCAUGUGUGGUAUAGCUGCUGGCUGCACAAAUUUAAAGAAGCUUCAUAUCCGACGCUGUUACGAGAUUGGCAAUAAGGGGAUCAUUGCUGUUGGUGAGAAUUGCAAGUCUCUAACGGAUCUUAGCAUUCGAUUCUGUGAUAGGGUGGGGGAUGGGGCCCUUAUUGCUAUAGCCGAGGGCUGUUCCCUUCAUUAUCUGAAUGUAAGUGGCUGCCACCAAAUUGGCGAUGCUGGACUGAUAGCCGUUGCAAGGGGCUCCCCUCAACUCUGUUAUCUCGACGUGAGUGUACUGCAGGCUUUGGGCGAUAUGGCUAUGGCCGAGUUGGGAGAAAAUUGUCCACUACUUAAAGAAAUAGUAAUAUCUCACUGCCGUCAAAUAACAGACGUGGGUUUAGCGCAUCUUGUAAAAAGCUGCACCCUACUAGAGUCAUGCCAUAUGGUUUAUUGCUCUAGCAUAACUUCAGCUGGAGUGGCCACAGUGGUUUCUAGUUGUCCCAACAUAAAAAAGGUUCUCGUCGAGAAGUGGAAGGUUAGCCAGCGGACCGAGCGCCAGGCAGGCUCUGUCAUUUCCUACUUGUGUGUGGACCUGUAG